CGUAAAUUCAUUGCCGACGGAAAAAAAGCGAAGCGCUUGAGGCGCAAUAUUUGCAAGUUGCGCGUCUCUGCGGACGAUCGCGACGACUGAAGCUGCCGAUCCGCUUGCAUCUCGCACCUCGAUGGUCAUGCAGACGGACCUACCCGCCUUUCCCAUCCACCCGGUGGUCAUCAUCGACAACCAAGAAGAGGACCUGCGCGCCAAGGAGCCCGUAAUCGACGGCGGCGACGACGACAGUACGAUGGCCUCGCAGAAGGAGUGGAGUGACUUUCUCAACUCGAGCGUGCUUGCGCUCAAGCUGGAAGAGCCUGUGGACGAAGACAGCGCGCGGCCCAAGCCCAUUGCGAUCGGCACGCCGACGCAAAAGCAGCUCCGCGCCGGCUCGCCGCUCGUGCUGUGCAUGUCGCCGCUCGCGACGAUCCCGCCGAUUCCGUCGAUGGUCAAUAGCCCCGAAGCGACGGCGGCCGUGAACCCCACGUCGUGGCCGUCGUGGCAAAUGUCGAUUCCCGAUACGGACGACGUGGACGAGGACGACAACGACGGCGACCACAGUCCGUUGGGCAUCCCGCUCUUGAGCGAAAAGCAACACGCGACCGAGAAGGCGCGCCGCAUGCGCGCCAAGUCGUUCUCGGCCAUCUACGCCCACGAGCACCAUGCCGCGGCGUGGAGCAGCGAGCGCCACGAUGGCUUGGGCUUGAGCAACAACAACCUUCCGCCGCCGUUGCCACACUUGCAGCUGCCGCCGACGCCGUACCAAGCGGCGCCCAUGCAGUCCGUGUCCAACUUCAACAUGCGCCGCUACUCGGGUGACUUUGAUCACUAUGGUCACCGCUCGAUGGACCUUGCAUCGUCGUCGUCGUCGUUCUUGCCGCCGCCGCCUCCCAUGCCGACAGGCAAUCGGGGCAUUCGGUCGCAUAGCAUCGAGUGCCACACAAGCUCGUCCCACAUGCCACGCCCGCCGUCGAUGGGCAGCCCGUACCACGCGGUGACGCGCAGCCCGAUGCUGCGCCAAAACAUGCGGCAGCCGCCGCUCCCGACCAAGCAGUCUGGGAACCAGUACGCCGAAUGGCAGCGCCCCAACGACUUUGCACCGCCGCUGCCGCCCGACGCAGGAGCGUACUAUGGCAACCCAACUGCCACGGCCACCAACGGCAACAGCAACAGCAACAACUUUGCCGAGUACAUGCCCGAAGCGUACUACGAGGUGCAGUUCAAGCGUUGCCGCAAGGAUGUCUUUUCCGGUCUUGGCGGCUUCAAGCUCGGCGACUACGUCAAGGUGGAAGGCGAUCGCGGCGAAGACGUGGGCCACGUCAUCCGCAUGGCGCCCGACGCCAAGACGCUACGCAGCACGAACGACAGCGAAAGCAAAGAGCCUGCGCCGAUGAAGCGCGUCAUGCGUCUCGCCAGCGAGAACGAGCUGACGCUCUUGCGCGAGCAGCACAAGGAAGAGCAGGAAGUACUGCAGGUCUGCCGCAGCAAGGUGCGCCAGCGCAUGCUGCCCAUGAACGUCAUUGACGCCGAGUAUCAAUUUGACCGGCACAAGCUCACGUUCUUCUUCGAGGCGGACCGGCGCAUCGACUUUCGCGAGCUCGUGCGCGACCUCUUUGCGAUCUACAAGACGCGCAUUUGGCUCCAGCAAGUCGUCUCGGUGCACAAGAAGGGCAUGGCGCCCGAGUUUGAACUCGCGGACGGCCACCAUUAGACACUGACUAGAGAAGAGACGACCACGACGAAGCAAGGAUAUAGAAGACCCAAGGGAUUAGAGAACGCGCGGCCUGCAUGGUAGUAGAUACGUGUCGUGUGUGUGUAUAUGUGGUACAUAAGAUGAUAAUGCAUCUCGGAAAACACGCCAUUCUUGUACAUGUAGCACCAACUUAGA